UUUAUUAGGGCGGUGUUUUCUUGUAUGUGUGUGUUGACAAUAGUUUUUUAGUGUAGUUUACAUUUGUGUAUUUUCUAAUUGUUGUUAAACAAGAGUGGGUUUUAAUUAAAAUAAAGAAAUUAUUUAACUAAAGAAAUGCGCAAUUUUACAAAGCAACAGUCGACAGACACGGCAGAUACCAGCGUUGAAAAAGGCGAUUAUCCGCGUGCAUCAAAUGGCGUUGUGCUCGGUGGAAUUGUCACUUUUGUGGCAUAUUUCUUUCUGAUGAUGGCAUUCUGUUCACCCUAUUGGAUAGAGUCGUAUGAGGAAACACACAGCAGCUUCAAGAAUAUGGGCUUGUGGGAGUAUUGUUUUAAGAAUUUUGUGUAUCCAUAUUACCAAUUUCCGCGACAAUUCAAUGGAUGCCACAAUAUCUUCAGUCAUGAAUACUAUGUCAUCAGAGAGUACCUGCUACCUGGUUGGCUAAUGUCUGUACAAGCUUGUGUUACAUUGGCUUUUCUACUAACAUUCACAUCUUUAGCCAUAUUAGCGCUAGUUGUUAUACGUCUGCCAUUGAAAGGUGUGCUACAAUAUGAGUGGUUGAUGAUAAGAAUUUCAUAUCUCUGUACAGCUAGCUCUUCGCUACUACUAUUCUUGGCUGUAUGCAUUUUCGGUGGUUGUGCCUAUCGUCGUGAUUGGCUUAUGUACCCGAAAUUCAAUGUGCUCGGUUGGUCUUAUGCUGUUGCAGUUGUCUCAUUUAUUACACUCGGAUUGGGUGCAAUGAUUUUGCAUCGCGAAGCUCGUCAUGCCUACGAUUUACGUGGUGAACAGAAAAAUUUAGUUAUGCAAAUGGAAAUGCAGGAACCUGGCUAUCAACCACCUAGACACCAUCACAGUACCUCACGUAGUCUACAUGGUUACAUAUAAAAGACAAGAAAAAACUUCAAAAAUUUAAUAUUCCAAUUAUGAAGUAUU